GACAUUACCGCUAAUAUGGAGCCCAGACAACAGGAGCUGCAUUCUUGCGUACUGACUCCUGAAGCAGUAGAUUGGGAAGAGAGAGGAAACCUCCAUGCAGGUUUAUUGGACAAAGAACCUCUUAAGGAAGUGGACGAGGACAUGGUGUCAGAGGUGGAUCUCAACAACACUGUCACAGAAGAAGAGCGAGAGGAAAUGCAGAAUGAACUGGCUAAGUUAGAGGAGGAAAUCAUUACUUUGAAGCAAGUCCUGGCCUCCAAAGAGAAGCGCCACUUGGAGUUGAAACAGAAACUGGGGAUCACACAGCUGACUGAACUACGACAGAACUUCAGAAAGAGCUGGUACGACAUGCAGACCAGCACAGCGUAUAAAAAGACCUCUGAGACUCUGAGCACGGCAGGACAGAGGACCUCUGCGGCCUUCAGCAAUCUGGGCACUAACAUCAGCAAGAAGUUUGGAGACAUGAGGAACUCUACUAGUUUCAAGUCAUUUGAGGAGAAAGUGGAAAGCACAGUUUCUAACAUUAAGUGGGGAUCAUUGGAAGCUUUCCAACUUCAGUGUGCUUGAUGUCAACACUAGCCAAUGUUGUGAAUGUUUUCAACACUGCACUGUUUGUGUUCGGAGCAGUCAAAGGUUGGAAACACUGGAGGUGCGGGCAGUUUCGAGGAGGUGUUAUCAUCAGCUGCUCACGCCAGUACCCAGGACACCCCUACAAACACUUUAACCAAAAGCAGUGAGUGCACAUGCUAAGGGUCUUGACAGUCUACUGGAUUACACAUGGAACUCUGAUGCCCCCUAAUGGUCUGAAGACCAUAGUGUUUGCUGGGAGUGCUAAAAUUGCACUAGGGGCCCAAAACAUGGUAAUAUAUACCUUUCAGACGUUAUGUAUGUGUUAGAAUAUCCAUACAAAAUAUUUACCAACUUUUUUUAUGUAACGAAAACAACCAAGUGGAGCACAUUUAUCUUUAACUCUUGGUCGAAAUAAGUAUAUUUUUCAAGAAGUCUGCCUUUGACAAACCUAUUAUUAAGUUGCUGCAUUACUUUUAUUAUAAAUUUAUAAUAACUCAACAUUGUGUGACCGUAACAAAGCUUUAAACAUUUCCUGGACCAAAAAAAGGCUGCAUGUGCAAUCCUAAGAGAAGUACAGUACCGUACUUGGAAAAAAAAAAACUGAUGUCAGUCUUUUUAAAUAUUUCUUUUUAAUUUGUUUGUUGUCUUAUUCGCACUGUAUACCCAACAACUAAAGCACAUAUAUGUUGAUAAACAGCAAAUUAUGUAGUCUUUAUUUUUCUCAUUGAUGGCUUUAAAUGUACAUUGUUAUAAUGUAUUGGCAAGAAUAAUUUUCAUUGACCAAAAAUGUAUAGCAUUACGUUUAUCCUGGUUUUCUUUCUUUUUUUCUUCAUACAUUAUGUAAAAUUAGACUUUGUAACCGCUUUGUGGGUAUAGCUUUGACACUGAGUCAAUUGUUAUUUAAACAUGAUUUUUAUAACUUAAAAUAUCUUGCUUCAACUUUAUUGUGCUUUUGUCCCUAAUUAAAGUCUUGCAGAGUCUUUGCAAAAAAAAAAGGUCAUAUAAUAGAUGUCACUCAAAUCUUUUAGAAGAUAUUUUUCAUUUUUGUAGUUACUGCUUAACUAUAACACUUUACAUGUUACUUUUUCAAUCCUUGGGAAAUGCUUGGUGUGGUGCUUUAAUUUAAAUGAAAUUCAAAUGAUGCUCAAUCUCUGUGAUCCUGUUCUUUCAUGGCCUGCUACAACCCCAAAUCUGUUAAAAACUACUAAAACAACUGAUUGGCAAACAGAAAUGAUUAAUAUGACUUCAAUAUGAGUGCAUGGAAUUGCUGCAAAUUCUCUCAUCAUUUUCUCACCGCGUGCCAUCCCAGAUAUGUUUGACUUUCUGUCCCCUGCAGAACACAAACAAAUAUUUUUGAAGAAUAUCUCAGCUGUGAAUGUUCAUUCAAUUAAAGUGAAGGGGGACCAAACAUUGAAAGCUCCAAAAACCACAUAAAUGCAGUCUAAAAGUAAUCCACAUGUGGUUUAGAAGCCAUCCUAUCUGUUUUGGGUGAGAACAGACCAAAAUAUAACUCCUUUUUCACAAUAAAUGUUGACAUCAGUGGUCUCCUUGGUGAUCAUGAUUUCAAGCUUGAUUACAUUUCCUAGUGCUUUACACAUGCACAGAGCGCAAGAUGGCAUGCCAUUAUCCUGACAGAGACUGCAAUGAGAAGAUGUACAGGGAAAAAGGAGUAACAUUUUGGCCUGUUCUCACCCAAAACCAAUUAGAUAGCUUCAGAAGACAUGCAUUAAACCACUGGAGGCUUAUAGAUUACUUUUAUGCACUUUUUGGAGCUUCUAGGUUUUGGUCACCCAUCACUUGCAUAGCUGUGAUACUGUUCUAAAAAAUCUUUGUUGGUGUUCUGCAGAAAACAGAAAGUCAUCCAACUCUGGGAUGGCAUGAGGGUGAGUAAAUGAUGAGACUAUAUACAUUUUGGGUGAACUGUACCUUUAAAGUAUAAUACAAUGCUUAAGCAGCGCAAUGCAAAAUGCAUAGACAACAUAUUCUUUGACCACCUUUGAGCUAAAGACAACACACCGUUUUAUAUUCCCAUCUGGUUUUAAUAAAAAGAUGUGAGGCCUCAAAAGAGACCUUAUUCACGGUAGUGCCAUUUUUAAUGGGAAUGACAAUGAGGCUGUGAGGGAUAGAAUUACAGUCUCUUCAAUGGGCUGUACUGCAGUUUAUAAAAUAUCUGUCCAAGAUCAUUCAGUAUACAAAGAACUCCAGACAACGUGAGUUGUUCGAAAUCAGAUGUGAUCUAGGAGCUUAUACAGCUUUAUACCGUUCGUACCAUUGAAGCAACUGUGAGUCUAUCCCUCACAGCUUCAUUGUCAUUCCCAUUAAAAAUAAAAUAAAGCGUGAAUAAGGUCUGUAGAACACACAAACAGACAGCACAACCACCAACCAUGCUUCUGUACACUGAAACAAGACAACAAUAAAAUCCAUUAAAAAGAUACUGCAUGUCUUGACAAACUAAACACACUUGUCUGCAUGUGU